CAGCAGAAAAAGUAAUUUUUUCAAUAAAACACUUUUCUGAUAGAUGCAAUUGGACGCAGUGGUUAAUUGUUACAAGAAAAUUACUCGAUAAAAAUAAAUAAUAAAUAAUAAAUAAUAAUAAUAAUAAUUUAUUAUUGUUUUUUAAACAUAAAGUUUUAUUGGAAUUAAAAAACUAAACAGAUGAAGUUUGAAGCUCUCUUUAGAAUGUGAAGGCGUUUGUUAGGGAGCUAGAAGCCACUGAAAUUUUCACAGAAAGAUUGUAAACAAUCAAGUAAAUUAAAACGUCAGUUACGAAGAUAAAAUUUCUCUGAAGUACAAUUCCAUUUUAAAUUUUAAUUACCAAAUUCAGUAUAUUCAAUGCAAUAAAAUAAAAAAAAUGGAGGUGAGUCCUUGUAAAGAAAGCUUAUUAAUCAAAGAUGAAACCAUGAAGAACCAAUAUAAAACCGGCGAAAGCACGGAAGAAACUUUCAGCUGGAGUCUUGAAUUUUCUAAAGAUCUCUGCCAGAGUAUCUCCAACCAAAACCACACAAUUCUCCUAAACUUACUGCGUAAGUACAUAAAAAAUGUCUCCGAGGAAGCCGUAGAGUGCAACCAAAAGCCCAAACUAGCAGCUGAGUUAUCAAACCACAUCAAUCGUACUCUCACCUUCUUCUACUUCUACUGGCUGGACAUCAAAGAGCAGUGCGACGACCAAGUAACCAAUUUGUACUUGAACAAAAUAUCUGAUUUGCUGUCAAUUUACCUCGAGAUUAAAUUACCACCCACUAAUUUAUUCAACACGAUUUUUAUUAACUUAGAAAACUCAACAGAGCACGUACUGCGUGUUUUGCUAAACGCCAAGCUUUCAAAGCUUGAUCACUCAAUUUACGAGCCUAUUUUCAGCAAGUGCUUCAGCAAAAGCACUUCUUUAACAGCCACGUCGUAUGUAUGACAAUUGCUGGGCCUGAAGCUCUGGAGAAGUCUCAAAGAUUCUCCAGAAGACCUUAAAAAAAUCGAAGACAUCGCUGUCAAUCUCCUAGGGCCUCAUCCACCUGUUUCUUCUCUUAUAUCCGAACUUCUGCCUCAUAAUCUAACAAACACGACUCUAGAGUGGCUGCAGCAGCCCUUCGAUCUCCGGAAACACUGGACUAACUUUGUAAAUUACGAGUCUCGUCCAACUGGACGAGUUGUCCAGGACGACGGGUCCUAGCAGUUGCUUAACUCCGUCGCUAGCCGACGGAGUUCGAUGUCCUUAGAAAAAGUCCAUAGAGAAAGUUUUAAAAAUAGCAAACGCAAACGACCUGGUAAGGUGAUACAUAUCGAUUUGACGGACGAUGAACCUAAAGAAACAACUAUUUGCUGUGGGGAGAAAAAAAAAUACACGAGUGGGAGUUUACGAUGGGUCAAAAAAAUUCUAGAGAUAGAUAAAGUUAAAAAGAAAAACGGACGUGGUAAGAAUAAUAAUAAUAAUAAUAAUAAUAAUAGUGAUGUCCAGAUCGUUGAUGCUCACAGUACUGCUAAUUACGGGGAUAUUAAUGAUAAAAUGCCAAAUUAUAAACCUGUAUUUGUUAAUGAAGUUAGUGAGAGUAAUUUUACGAAUUUAAUGUGUCAAGAUAUUAAUAAUUAUAGUACCUUAUUACAAGUUACUGAUAAUUGCAGUAGAAAUAAUAAUAAUAAUAGUCAUAAUAAUAGUAACAGUCAUAAUAAUAAUAAUAGUAAAAAUAAUAAUAAUAAUAAUAAUAAACCAGAAAAUGUAUUAUUAUUAUAUAAUGAUAAAUUAAAUUGUGAUUUAACUGCUAAACAAUCUUGUUCUAGUAGUAAUAAAAGUUCAAAUGAUGUACAGGAAUUAAUUAUAAAUAAUAGAUAUAAAAAAAUUAAAAAUGAUGAUGAUAGUGAUUAUGAUAAUGAUAUAAGUAAUUUAGAAAUAUGUCCUGUUACGACUACUGUCAGCUCUGAAGAUUUAUCAGGUGAUGGUAUUUUUUGGGAUGAUGUUAAUUUAUUUAAGUAUAAUGAUUAUAAAUUAGAAUUUGAUAUGGAAAAUAAUUACUCUGAUUUAAAACCAACCUGUGAGAUGAAUUUAAAAGGAGAUGAAGUUAUGAAGGAUACGGAAAAUGAUAUUGGAAUUUUUGAUAAUAUUUUGCAAGAUGUGCCAAUUGAUAGGCCCGGAAACUGGAGCUACUUGUUUGAUUGUCAUCUGGCGAAUAUUGAAUCUCCGGAUGCGAUUUUGUCAAGCACGGAGCUUACGAGAAAGGGUUUUUCUAAACAUAAUUAUAUGGUCUCGCUGGGGUUGAGUAAAAAAGACUGUGAAGAGAAAAAUAAUGGAGGUGAUGAAGCUUUGGAGUGUCAGUUUGAUGAAGAUGAUGAUAAGAAGGAAGAUCAUUUUGAUGCUUUUGGGAGACAGUCUUCCUCUGGUGUUUCUUCAACUACUUCAAUUAUUUCUGAACAGUGCCAGCCGAGGGUAGAUGGAAAAGCUAAUCGACGAAGUAAGAUCAGGGGUAUUAAGGAACCCGCAUUGAAGAAAAAGAAGAAAAGUAAAAUUUUUCAGCAUAGAAGAUUGCAUUUUAAAGAAGAUAUUGAGUCAUUGAAAAAAAAUUAAAGCGGCUACUGGCUUGAAGAUGCAGCCUUCAUCGCUUAAAUCAAGAUACUCGUUCAGAUAAUAUUAAGAAUAAUAAUAAUCCAAACAGUAUUUUACAAUUACGUGAAAAAAAUAUUCAAGACAAUUUAAUUAAGCCAACGUGUUCAAAUUUAUAUUUUAUAUAUAAUAACAUUAAUAAUUAUGCUAAAAUUUUACGCGUUUAAGGUAUGUAAUCAGUGCCAUUUUCUUAAUUUAAUUAUUCAGCAUUAAAACUUUA